AUGAACAAGUCCCUCCUAUACUGUAACAUGGCCAACAAGUCCCUCCUAUACUGUAACAUGGCCAACAAGUCCCCCCUAUACUGUAACAUGGCCAACAAGUCCCCCCUAUACUGUAACAUGGCCAACAAGACCCUCCUAUACUGUAACAUGGCCAACAAGUCCCCCCUAUACUGUAACAUGGCCAACAAGUCCCCCCUAUACUGUAACAUGGCCAACAAGUCCCCCCUAUACUGUAACAUGGCCAACAAGUCCCCCCUAUAUCAUGUAACAUGGCCAACAAGUCCCCCCCUAUACUGUAACAUGGCCAACAAGUCCCCCCCUAUACUGUAACAUGGCCAACAAGUCCCCCCUAUACUGUAACAUGGCCAACAAGUCCCCCCCUAUACUGUAACAUGGCCAACAAGUCCCCCCCUAUACUGUAACAUGGCCAACAAGUCCCCCCUAUACUGUAACAUGGCCAACAAGUCCCCCCCUAUACUGUAACAUGGCCAACAAGUCCCCCCCUAUACUGUAACAUGGCCAACAAGUCCCCCCUAUACUGUAACAUGGCCAACAAGUCCCCCCUAUACUGUAACAUGGCCAACAAGUCCCCCCCCCUAUACUGUAACAUGGCCAACAAGUCCCCCCCCACCUACAUGCCCCCCCCCCCUAUACUGUAACAUGGCCAACAAGUCCCCCCCUAUACUGUAACAUGGCCAACAAGUCCCCCCCCUAUACUGUAACAUGGCCAACAAGUCCCCCCUAUACUGUAACAUGGCCAACAAGUCCCCCCUAUACUGUAACAUGGCCAACAAGUCCCCCCUAUACUGUAACAUGGCCAACAAGUCCCCCCCUAUACUGUAACAUGGCCAACAAGUCCCCCCUAUACUGUAACAUGGCCAACAAGUCCCCCCCCCUAUACUGUAACAUGGCCAACAAGUCCCCCCUAUACUGUAACAUGGCCAACAAGUCCCCCCUAUACUGUAACAUGGCCAACAAGUCCCCCCUAUACUGUAACAUGGCCAACAAGUCCCCCCUAUACUGUAACAUGGCCAACAAGUCCCCCCUAUACUGUAACAUGGCCAACAAGUCCCCCCCCUAUACUGUAACAUGGCCAACAAGUCCCCCCCUAUACUGUAACAUGGCCAACAAGUCCCCCCUAUACUGUAACAUGGCCAACAAGUCCCCCCUAUACUGUAACAUGGCCAACAAGUCCCCCCUAUACUGUAACAUGGCCAACAAGUCACCCCCUAUACUGUAA